UCGUGGCAGAGCUUUGAAGAUCAGUCAUCAGAGCGCAGGGGGACAGAGCAGGCAGGCGAAAUGCUUAUAUGUGGCCAGCGGAGCCAAAAUCGGUGCGCAACUGGAUAAAAAUAAAGAGAGGAAAGUGGGGUCCGGUUGGAGCUUAAAAUUACAGGAAUAUUGCACACUGGGUGUUUUCUUUUAAAUGGAUUACCAAAGGAAUAUGACAUUCAGUCGGAUUGCCCCAUGCAUGAGUGCAUUAAUACACACAAGGUAACAUCUCCACCACAGUGAAACAGGAAGUGUCGUCUGUGAGCAGCCAUGGGCCAGAGAGCUGUGCUUCUGCUCAGUGAGCUGCUGCUGCUGCUACUGACAGCCUCACGCGCUAUCCUCGCCGUCAGCUUCCCCGAGGACAACGUACCCCUUGAUGUCGUUGACGCACACUUUUCACGGAGAUACCCUGUGUUCAGAGGCCGGCCCUCUGGCAACGAGUCACAGCAUCGCCUUGACUUUCAGCUGAUGACCAAGAUUCAGGACACUCUGUUCAUCGCUGGCAGAGAUCAGGUGUACCUGGUCAGUCUGAGAGAAUCCUACAGGAAUGAGAUCAUUCCUUACAGGAAGCUAACAUGGCGAUCAGGACAAGCUGACAGAGACAUGUGUGCCGUCAAGGGAAAACACAGAGACGAAUGCCACAACUUCAUCAAAGUGCUGGUUCCCAGAAACGAUGACUUGGUGUUCAUCUGUGGUACCAACGGCUUCAACCCCAUGUGCAGAUACUACAGGCUGGAUAACCUCGAGUUUGAUGGGGAGGAAAUCAAUGGAUUGGCACGAUGCCCAUUUGACUCCAAGCAAACUAACGUUGCCCUUUUCGCUGAGGGGAAACUGUAUUCAGCAACUGUAGCUGACUUCCAGGCCAGUGAUGCUGUCAUCUAUCGCAGUAUGGGUGAUGGAUCGGCCCUGAGGACCAUCAAAUAUGACUCCAAAUGGCUGAAAGAACCUCAUUUCCUGCACGCAGCAGAGUAUGGGAAUUACGUGUACUUUUUCUACCGAGAGAUUGCAGUGGAGCACAGCAACCUGGGAAAGGUUGUGUAUUCUCGUGUGGCUCGAAUCUGCAAGAAUGAUGUCGGGGGGUCGCAGCGUGUGCUUGAGAAGCACUGGACAUCUUUUGUGAAGGCGAGGCUUAAUUGCUCGGUGCCAGGGGAGUCCUUCUUCUACUUCGAUGUGCUUCAGUCCAUCACUGACAUCAUCAACAUAAAUGGAGUUCCCUCGGUGGUGGGCGUGUUCACUACGCAGAUGAACAGCAUCCCUGGGUCAGCAGUGUGUGCCUUCUCUAUGGACGACAUAGAGAAAGUAUUCUCGGGCCGCUUCAAAGAGCAGAAGACUGCUGAUUCUGUGUGGACUCCAAUUCCAGAGGAUAAGCUUCCCAAACCCCGACCCGGGUGCUGUGCAGGUCAUGGUCCAGCUGCGUCCUUAAAGAGCUCCAUCGAGUUUCCGGACGAUACCCUGCAGUUCAUCAAGUCCCACCCCCUCAUGGACACAGCUGUGCCUUCUCUUGGGGAUGAGCCUUGGUUCACCAAGACUCGCGUCAGGUACAGACUGACAGCACUGGCUGUGGACAAUGAAGCAGGACCUCACAAGAACUACACAGUGGUGUUCAUCGGGGCCGAGUCAGGGGUUGUUCUCAAGGUUUUGGCCAAGACCUCCUCUAUGUCUUUGAAUGACAGCCUGCUUCUGGAGGAGAUAGACGUCUUCAACAGGGCCAAGUGCCUGUCUAACCAUGAGGACGACAAGCGUGUCCUCUCGCUGCACGUGGACAAAGAAGCACACAGUCUGUAUGUCGCCUUUUCAAGCUGUGUCAUCCGAAUUCCCCUGAGUCGCUGUGAAAGGCAUACUACGUGCCACAAGUCUUGCAUUGCAUCAAGAGAUCCCUACUGUGGCUGGAAGCCAUAUGGAGCCUGUGAGAGGAUACUGCCUGGUUUUCUGACUGGAUAUGAGCAGGAUGUCGAAUUUGGAAACACUACCCACCUGGGAGACUGUCAUGCGUUUUUGGGCAGUACAUCAGCGCCAGAUUACAAAUCAUUUGGCGACCCUACCUCUGACAUGGAGUUUUCAUCAACGCCAGUCACUGCCCACCCCAGUGGGCCCAUACUCCCCCCAGUACUCAUACCCACUCAGAGCCCCAGCUCUGGGCCUGAUCCAGAGCUCUACGGCUCAGGCUUUGUGCUGCAGGAUGACCCAGCCACCUCCCAUUCUUUAGACUCUAUCCCAGGGGGCCAAGAGGGUGUGUGGGAUAUCCAAGCAGGUGAGACCAACCAGAUGGUCCACAUGAACAUCCUCAUCACCUGCGUGUUUGCUGCCUUUCUCAUGGGUGCUCUCCUUGCUGGUCUGUUUGUUUUCUGCUACCGAGACUCAUUCCUCCGUAAGCCAAGACAUGUCCACAAGGACGCAGAGUCUGCACCAUCCUGCUCCGACUCUAAUGGAAGCUUUAUCAAGCUCAAUGGCCUCUUUGACAGCCCUGUAAAGGAGUACCAGACCAACAUUGAUUCUCCCAAGAUGUACACCAAUCUGCUGAGCAACGGCAAAGACCUGAAUUCACCUAAUGGAGACACCAAGACCAUGAUCCUGCGGGACGGAUGUCAGCCUCCCGAGCUGGCAGCCCUGCCUACACCGGAGUCCACCCCUGUGCUUCAGCAGAAAAGCCUGCAGCCCAUUACAAACCAGUGGGAGAGGGCUCCUGGAAAGGCAAGUGGACCGCGUCAGGAGUCCAACUCAUCAGCCAAGAGUCCUCAGUUCCUUCUUUCUGCUCCUGCUCCUCCCAUCUCCAACUCCAACCUCCCUCACCUCGCGUUGGGACACUCACAGAUCCCUAGUGCGGUUGUCUUGCCCAAUGCCACACAUGACAACUCCAACCAUGACAGUGGAGAUGAUACUUUGCCACAUUCAUCUGAAAGGAGGCUGAAAAACCCAGAUUCUAAAGGAUGUAGGAAGGAACAGAAAAAGUCAGUGGAUGCCAGAAAUACCCUAAAUGACCUUUUAAAACACCUAAACGACUCAGUGGCCAACCCCAAGGCCAUUCUUCAAGAGGCAUCAGGGCCUCGUCCACGGCAACAUCUUACUCUGGAGCCCAUGGAGGAACUGACUGAAUUACCCCCCAAGGUGCCCAGCCGUGAGGCUUCCCUGUAUUCUCCCUCCUCCUCCCUCCCUAGGAACAGCCCCACCAAGAGGGUUGAUGUGCCCCUGCUCUCCACACCAACAACACCAACGGGCAGCCUGAGCAUGGGUGGCACCCUGGAGAGGCAAAGAGGGGGGUAUCAACUCCACCGGAGUGCCUCUCACAGGCAAUCCUUAUCCACCUCACCGAGUGGGGUAACCAUGGGGGUGUCUGUGUCUCGCCAACACAGUAUGAACAGAGGGGGUUACAUGCCCCCAACACCCCCCUCCAGACUUGACUCUCAAGGUGGAUUGAUGGGGGCAGGAAUGCACUCACCCCACCAAUCCUCUGUACCCCGACAGGGCAGCUACAGUGGGUAUGGUUCACUCCCUCGCACAGGGCUUAAACGGACCCCAUCGCUAAAGCCAGAUGUGCCCCCUAAACCCAAUGGGUUUCCACCACAGACUCCACAGAUGCGAGUGGUCAACAAGUACAGUUAUUAAAAGAGUAAGACACUUCUGAGUGAGCUCUUGGACUUGACUUUGAGCCCCGAGGGCUUUGAGGGGCGACGGAUGGGAUAGGCCCUAUCAGUGUUUGUGUAUUGACUUGAGGUGUUUUCCCCCUUUAAAAGAUAUGCACAUUCACUCACACUAAAAAGGGAAAAUUCACACAUGUGGCCAAAGAUACUCCAUGGGGCAUUUUCGCUCCCUACAUCUCCAUCUCCCUUCCUUGUGACGAUAGCCACAGGAUACAAAGAGUGGAUGGUAGUAAAUCUGCUGCUACCCAUUGUAUCUAGGUUUGGGUGUAGCCUGUUUCCAUAUUUGGUACAAGGUUUAGGACACCAGCUGGGGCCGCUAUGGUGCCUGCGUGUGUGGUGCCAUGUUAAUAGUGGAAUACUUGAAGAAUUGGUCUCAUUUGUCACUGCCCUUGAGCACUGUCUUCCCACUAAUGUGAACUAAACAAAGAGGAGAGGUAGGCCACGCCUUCGUAGUAAGAUGGCUGGGGGCAGUGGAGAGGAAACUCAAAAAUCAUAAGUCUGCGUAAGACCGCUAAUAGCUGAAACAUGCAGAGAAAAGAAGUGCAAAUACAAAUGUGUGUGUGUUUUGUUUGAUUGGAAAGCAGAUUGGUGUACAGGCAGUAUACAAAUGUGGCCUACAUUUGUUUAUCAAGAGUAGUGCCACAUGCCAGAGGACGCACCAUAAGUCUAAGACCUAAGUCCCUUAUUCAAAUAAUAUGAUCUCUUAGACUUGUUCAAACCCAUCUGAACAGAGGCAAAACACAUUUUCUUGUCUCUCUAUUGCGAAGUUGGUCAUGCUGGGUGUAUCUUGGGACAAGUACACUGUAUGUCACUGGGAAACUUGGGAAAGUAUUUUUGCUGCUAUUGGUUUUAAACAUAGGUGUUUGUCUUUGAUGCAUUUGUUUCCUUCUCAAAAAGACUGGGAUCGCCCUUGUUAUUGGUGUGCAUAUCUGCUUGUGCGUGAGUAGAUUGUAUGUGUGGGUUAUUUUGCAGAUAAAGACAAAGAAGAACAAUUAUCAGUAACUAAAUGCACUGUUAAAUCUGAUACAUGGGGAAUAAUGCUGGUCCCCAGGACUGAAUCCUCCCAUAACCUCCACUGCCCCCUGGUAAUUAUACUGGUGGUUCAAGAGACUCCUUUCUUUAUGUAGCAAUGGUAUUAAGAAAAAACAUACAUUUCUCAUCUCAUUCUAUAAAUGAACUUUGAACAAAAUGGUUUGCCUUUAUAAUGUGUUGACUGUGUUAUUUAAAGAAUUUACCAUAUACAACUAAACCAACAACAAUGGUGUGUGAAUUCAGCAUUUCAAGGAACUUCUGUUCUGUAAAAGUGUCUCCCCUUAUAGAAAAACAAUAGAAACGUCCUUCUACAUUAAUCCUAUUAAAAGGUAUAUUCAACUGAUCCUAGAACAAUAAGUGGAUGUAACACCUCCGUCAUGCUGGUUCUACAGCCCGUGUUCCCUGUGCAGCUUCCCUGCGAGUGGUCAGUGUACAAUCAACUCAAAAUUACCAAUGUGUCAUGCUGGGAAUGACAAGAUCCUGUAUAUAAUGAAAUACUAUAAAUAAGGAGUAUAAAUAUUUUUAGGCAAGUGAACCUGAAUCUGUGCAUUGUGUGCCUUAUUCACAAAACUACUACAGUAAAUAAUUCUGGCAAUGUCAAUUGGUCCUCUGUAUGUUACUGUCAUAUACUCUGUAAUCAACUUUUAUACAAACAAUUUGAAAAUCAUAUAGAUGUGUUUGAGAACCACAACAAAAUCCAUACUGAAGUGAUGUGGAAAAUAAAUUGACUGACCGACAUUCUACUUUUGAAUGCUCGUCGUACAAAAGGACAUUCAAAAAAACAUUUAUUAAGGGUAUGAAUUGAUUUUUCUCCUGUACUACCGGUGUUGAAGAGAAUGGUGUUAAUCCAGCACAUAGAGGUGCCAUGCAGUGAAUGUAUUUUCUUGACAGUGGGAUGUAGGGUGGUUAGACCGCAGCACAUCCUGCCCACAGCCAAUGUAUUAAAAGUGUUCACAUGAAAGCCUACAGUUGGCAUGGGUGGUAGUCACGCAGAAUCCGUAAUUCCCUAGGAUUGCAGAGACAGGAAUUAUUUCUAUUGGCCAGUAGUCACGACUAAGGGACAUUAUUUAGGAGACUUCUGCAAUCCUAUCCGAGCGUCAGUUGCCUGUUUAGCCCAAAGCCACAUUUUGUUUACAAGUGAUGAUUGUAUGUAAAGACUCUCUGCCCGUCAUCUAACCAGUGUUUGGGCCCUCUUUUUGUACUUGACACGUGCCCACUGACAUCACAAACAUACUCUCAACAUAAACAUGCUCAACUGCCUUUUACAUUGCAAUGGGUCUUUCUGUUGCAAUCUAAAUUGAAGCCUUUAUAUUUCAGUCUGAGCUCUGUAUGUGCAGAUCAACCGGAUGUUGUCAUGUAACUUUGAUUUAAAUACUGUGCAACAUGGCAAUGAAAGGCCAGCUGUACAUGUGAUCUCCAGAGUAUUUCAGCUUGUAGAUAUGUUGUAAAGUUGUACUGUGAAUGUGUAAAUAAUAAUGAUGGUCUUUGUUUCAUGAUAUUUUUUGUUGAUUUUUUUAACACGGCAUGUAUAGUUGAAAUAAAACAUUAUGGCACAGAAAAA